CCCGUCGGGAAGAUCCAGACCCAUAAUCCUUCCGUGGGGCUCUACGAGACCCGUGUAGAUGGCAAAGUUUGCGGGAGACCCUGAAACAGAAAAAGAGGAGUCCUGGGAUCAGGUGGCCAUAGUCUUUAAACAGAAUUUGGAGGGGCAUCAUAAAGCCAACAGCUAGAUGUUUUAUCCAUGUCCGAUCCAAAUUACUGGCCAAAGGGUUAAAUAAAUCCCACUAAUAAAACACUAGAGAAGCAGGAAAGUGGAAUAAAUUAGAUCCUCUGAAUUCCCCUAAACUCAUAGACAUGUGGAAAGAAGAAGGAACGACUUUGGGUCACGGUGAAUCACCGCCGAAAAUAAGUGCGUCCUGAAAUAACAAGAUGUUAUAACUGCACUAAGGAUUGGAUGCUGCAAGGAAGACAUCAGCUGGAAGAGGCCAAAAAAAGAGAUUUAAUUUAUUGAUUACGACGUCCGAACGAUGAUUGAAAGAUUCCAGGAGCUCGAUUCCUUGCUGGGAGUGGAGAAUACCUCCUUGAUGCCCUUUCCAGCCAAUUUCACCAUGGGUUACGAAAACGCCACCUCUUUGUACAUGACCAGCCACCUCUUGGGCCUUCAGAGGAGCAUGCACCUCCUGUCCAUCAUCAUUUAUGGCGUCGCGUGUCUCCUCGGCGUGAUCGGAAAUGGCCUGGUCAUCUGGAUCACCGGCUUCAAGAUGACGAAGACAGUCAACGUCGUGUGGUUCCUCAACCUGGCCAUCGCCGACUUCGUCUUCACGUUCUUCCUGCCCUUGAGCAUCGUCUACACCGCCUUGGGCUUCCACUGGCCCUUUGGGAGGCUCCUCUGCAAACUCAACAGUGCCAUCGCUUUCCUCAACAUGUUCGCCAGCGUCUUCCUCUUGACGGUCAUCAGCGUGGAUCGGUGCGUCUCGGUCGUCUAUCCCGUCUGGUCCAGAAACUACCGGACCCCAAAACUGGCUUACGGCAUCGCUCUGCUCACCUGGGUCACGGCCUUCGUCAUCAGCUCCCCGUACCUUGUUUUCCGGGACACCGCCCUGAGUUCCCGGAAUGUCACCAGCUGCUUCAACAACUUUGCCCUGGCCGACAAUUACAACGUCGAGGAUUCACGGAGGCUUUGGAGGAUCCGGCACAGAGCCAUGGUGGUUACCAGGUUCUUGCUCGGCUUUGUCUUCCCCUUCACCAUCAUACUCAUCUGCUAUGGCAUCGUGGUCUUCAGGAUGAAACGGAGGCGCCUGACCAAGUCUUCCAAGCCUUUCAGGAUCAUUGUCGCCGUCACGGCCUCCUUCUUCCUCUGCUAUUUCCCGUACCACGUCUUCUCCUUGCUGGAAAUGUGCAAGACGCCUGCAAAUCACGAACUCAAAAUGGCGCUGUAUCUGGGGAUCCCUUUGGCGUCCAGCUUGGCGUUCUUCAACAGUUGCGUCAACCCUAUCCUCUAUGUGUUUGUAGGGCAGAAGAAGUUCCGUCAGUCGGUCCUCUCGGCCUUCGAGGGGGCUUUCGGAGAGGACUUCAUGCUAUCCUUAUCCAGCAAGAGAAAAUCCAGAUCCAUCUCUCAGGCAGAGAUUCAAAUGACUUAAGCCAAAUGCUGGCCAGGUGCCAUUCUGUGCCAAAUUACCCAUUGGGGACCUUUGUCCCAUCUGCAUUUUUACUGCCAUGUUUCCAUCCAUGCAGCCAACCUCUUCUUGAUUUCAGCAGACUUGCAGAAGAGAAACCACAAGUUUACACACAACUUGUUUUCACAGAUGUCUGCGCAAAAUCCUUCAGCACCCUCCAGUGGUUAUUCUCUAUAGACCUAGUCCCUGCAAAAACAACAUCCCAUCAAAAUCUGUUUUCGACAUCUCAAAACCUGGUUCUCCAUUUUGGGAUUCUUUCAGUUGGUUUUAAUAAGAGUCUUGCUCUUGCGUAGAUUCUGGAUCGGUUUGCUUUUUAAUGGGUCGGCAUCUGUGCUUGUUGAGAAAUGUCUUUGCCAAGAUGACUAAAGGUCGGUCUCCAAAUGAAUACUUUGCCCCAUAAUCUUGUAAAUCCCAAAUUAAUACAACGCUGUCAUGGAAGAUGUGUGCUCACAGAUGGGAAGUAAGUUGGAAAUCUUGUCUCUGUAACUUGCCUUUUGGGAGUGAGAGGACAAAGAUUAAACAUAUAA